AUGUGUGGUCCGUUCAAGGGCUGUCAGGGCAUUUUACGCCUCUUGGAAAUAAUCUUCAGUGCUCUGACUCUCAUCAUAGUCAUCUUCCGAGGCAGGAUGGUGAGUCCAUGGGGCGUCUGGUGUGAGUUUGUCUGGGUUUUCUGCAUCGUCGUGCCCGUGGUGGUGACCGUGAUGGAGGCCAGAAUGUGGCACAUCCUCCUGGCCGCCUUCCUCCCAGACUGGGCCGGCCUGACCUGCGGUCUGACCACCCUGUGCGCCGGGAUGAUCACCUCAGCCACCAUCAUCUUCGCAGCCAUUUUUGUCUGCCUCACCUGCAUCAGCAGCAUACUGUGUUUCAUCACCUCCCUGGCUGCCACGGUUUUCUUCCUGAUCGACGCCGUGAUGCAGAAAAAGAAGUUUCCAAGCGGCUACCUGUGCGGUCUGAGGGGAAGUCUCCGCACGGCAGAAGCCUUCCUGGCUUGUAUCAUCCUCACUGCCGCCACUGAUCACUUUGUAAAUGCUGAAUGGUUCUAUCGCCCCUUUGGGAUGAUAUGCAGCAUCAUUGCAUUUGCUGUCUGCCUCCUGCUCACUGUGGUCGUCAUAGUCCUCAAUCUGCUUAAACUGCUGCAGUGCCUGGUCCCAUUCGGGCUGAGCUUGAUGGAGCUCGUGGUCAACAUCGUAGCAGUGCUGUUGUACCUGCUCGCUGUCAUUCUUUGGGCCGUCUUUGGUUACCGACGCUACAACUACAACCCUUACACCUGUAAGAAAUGCUCCUUUGCAGACAUUAACACUGUUGUGAUAGGAGCCAGUGUCAAUCUGAUUUUGUAUAUCGUGGAUCUGGUUUUAUCUUUCAAAUCUCGCUGAAGUUCAAGAUUAGGAAAACAGAGAUUUUUAUCUUUUUGUGCAGUUUCAUUUAAGGGACAGAAGCUGUAUGUCACCAACAGUUAAAUAGAGAAACAUUAGCAUUUUGAUGGUGAUAUAAAG